AUGUGGUCAUAUAUCCUUCAUUGUUUUCUGCUCUUGUUUUUAUGUAAUUAUCAAAUAAAUACUCAACAAAUUCCAUUCGAUACUAUUGUCAGUUUUGGUGAUUCAAAUAGUGAUAUAGGCAAUGUUUAUAAUUUAACAAAUCAUAAAUGGCCUAUUGUACCUCCAUAUUUUCAAGGUCGAUUUACAAAUGGUCCUGUUUGGAUAGAAAAAUUAGGUAUAUCGAAUAUAAAAAAUUAUGCAUAUGGAGGUGCAACAACUGAUAAUAAUUUUAUUCAAGGUUAUACAGCAUCAUAUACAAUACCUGUACCCGGUGUUCGUCAACAGAUUCAAAUCUAUUUCAAUGAAACUAAUAUAACUACUUUGAACUUUAUUCGUACACUUUAUGUUAUAUGGAUUGGUGGUAAUGAUUAUUAUUUUAAUAAAACGAUUAGCCCAUCAACAGUUGUUACUAGUAUUCUAAAUAGUGUUAAAGAUUUACUUAAGAUUGGUGCUAAAUAUAUUCUUAUUACUAAUAAAUCACCUACUCAAACAAUGCCAUUUGUUCAGACUCAAGAACAAUUUAUUUAUUAUAAAGAUCGUAAUAUUUAUCAUAAUAAUAAUCUUUCGAUUGGUAUUAGAAAACUUGAUUAUAAUCACAAAGAAGUUGUUUUAUAUUUGUUUGAUCUUUAUUCAUUCAUUUUGAAAAUUAUUGCUGAUAAUAAGAAUUAUUCAUUGAACGUAAAAGAUUAUUGUUGGAAUGUAUUAAAUGGUAGCGUGACUAUUUUAUGUUCAAAUCCUGAAUCCUAUGUUCAUAUUGAUCAAUAUCAUUAUACAACAAGAAUGCAUGAACUGAUUGGUGAUGCUGUACGACAAUUUCUUUUAACUUCGUCUGCAGUCAAUAAAUCAUCUUAUUCUAUUUUUAUCAUUUUAUGUGUACAAUUUUUUUUAACAUUAUCAUUCUGUUCUUACGAAAAGUCGUCUUUUUUAUUUCCAUUUGAAAUAUAG